UCCGCCGCUCUCUCCUAUCAUCUAGCCUAUAUUCUGAAACCAGUUCCGUAUUCAGCGCUACUUUAAUGUAACGUCGGUGCGCACACCAUACAGCGUAUAGGUUGUAUAAUUAUCGGAUAAGAUCACACCAUCUCGACCAUGGAGCCUUGAACUGGAAGACACCCACAGCACCACAGAGAUGAAAAUGCAGCACACUUGAUAUCUCCCUGGAGGGGAAACCUGAAUUAAGAUGAAGCGACUGAAGGGGAAAACCCAACAGUGUGGAGCAUUGCAGAAAGUCCUGUGAACGCUGACCUCCAGCCCCCAUCCUCCCAUCAUUCCUUUCCCCCAAAUACACAACACUCCCAUCACCACUCCUGCUCUGGUCCAAGAUGACCUCACCGAGAAAGCACCUGGUCAAGGAUUUCAACCACUUUAUCACAUGCUACGUGUGUAAAGGAUACCUGAUCAAGCCCACCACAGUGACAGAGUGCCUGCACACCUUUUGUAAAAGUUGCAUCGUCCAACACUUUGAAGACAGCAACGACUGCCCCAAAUGUGGCAUCCAAGUCCAUGAAACCAACCCUCGAGAGAUGUUAAGGUUGGACAACACUUUAGAGGAAAUCAUUUUCAAACUCGUGCCUGGGCUAAGAGAAAAGGAACAACAGCAGGAGAUCGAGUUCUGGAGGAGUCGGAAGUGGAAGGAGAAUGGAGAAGAAGACGGCCCCCGAUCGAAGAGAUCCAGGCUGGAUGACGACGAUGAUGAUGAUAAUGAUGGUGGUGGGGAUGGAGACUACCACAGGAGUGACCCGCAGAUAGCCAUCAGUCUUGACUGUCUACGCAACAGCAGCCUGGUGGGAGAGAACAUUGUUAAGGGCUUAAUGAAGAAAUUUAUACGCUGCUCGACUCGAGUGACAGUCGGAACAAUCAAGAAGUUUCUCAGCUUGAAGUUAAAGCUUCCAAGUUCUUAUGAGCUAGACGUCCUAUGCAACGGGGAGAUCAUGGGAAAAGACCACACCAUGGAGUUCAUCUUCAUGACGCGGUGGAGACUUCGCGGUGAAACCGCCUACCCAAUGGUACUAGAAUAUCGGCCACGGAUAGACUUUGGUUGACGGAGAGAGACGUGGGACUACUCCUGCACUAACAGCCCAUUGACAGACUACACAAAGAAUGGAUGUGCCUGGCACAARWGACAAGGACCACGUCUUCCUAUCAUCUGCAUGCAGUAGUCCGUUAUUGCCUCUAAUCUCAUUCUAUUCUUGUAUGUUAUCUUCCAGUUUCACAGAUUUCUUUCUAAAACGCAACAAGGGUUUAAGAACAUGCCUGGAUAUCAUGGCGUAUUAAUGCUUGGAAACGUACCAAAAUGUAAUUGACUGAAGAGUGAAGACCUGCCGUUGGUCCACAUCACUUGAAAGUGUUCAGAAUAAUACAAAGUGAAAUCACUAGUAAUCCACUGUUACGCAACACAAGAGAGAUAUUCCAAGACACUGGCAAACGGCCCAUAAUAUUUCCCCCUAUCUCCUAUCUAUGCUGGAUUUAGUGUCUUACAUGACCUCUCCCCUUCUGUUUUUAAUCAUUAAAGGGGCAAUCAGCAGUUGCAACAUCYGUUUUUGGACUUAUAAAUUAACCAUACAUGAUUUGAUUAAUUGA